AUGUCCUCAAUGAAUAUAAAAAAAAACAAUUCUCUUUCUUCCGCUCCACCACUUAAAACCCUUGCACCACAGAAAAAUAUUUCUCAACUUGAAAAUUUUGCUUUAAGUGCUUUGGCUCCUAGCAUGGCUGUUAUUUUUACUUUACCUUUUGACACUGUUAAAGUUAGGAUGCAACUUCAAGGUGAAGUCAAAUUUAUGAAAGAUUCUGCUGGUAAAACCGUUCGCGUUUCUGCUGACAAGGUUUAUAAAAAUAGUUUUGAUUGUCUUUGGAAAACUUUUAAAUAUGAGGGAAUUCGUGGUCUUGAAAAAGCUCCAGCUUGGAAAAGAAUGUUUGCGGGUGGAAUAUGUGGUGCAUUGGGCGCUGUGUCAGCAAAUCCUUUUGAAUUGGUGAAAACAAGACUGCAAAGUUCUGCUGCUGGCGAAAUUGCUGUUGGUAAUCAGUUCAAGUACACGUCGGUAACUUCUGCUCUAGGAAAUAUCGUUAGACAAGAAGGUGGUCUGCAAGGUCUUUAUCGUGGAUCCACUAUUUCCAUAUACAGGGGAAUAUUAGGGAGUGCAGCAAAUCUCUCUUCUUACACAAUGCUAAAGGAUUAUUCAAUUCGUGAAGGUUAUAAAGAUGGCGUGCCAUUGGAUAUCGGAUGUAGUCUUAUCAGUGCUCUCAUAAGUGUCGUAUUCAUGAACCCAUUAGACGUUGUGAGAACAAGAUUAUAUAAUGCAAAAUCAACAACAUUAUCCAACGAAUCAAUGAUGUCAUCAAUUGCUAAUAUUGUAAAGAAUGAGGGUUGGAGAGCUUUGUAUCGUGGAUUUGGUACACAUUUCAUGAGAAUUGGACCACAUUUCUGUCUCACUUUUGUAUUUUUAGAAGAGUUGAAAAGAGGUGUAAAAAAGGUUCAUCAUAAUGAGUACCAACGUAAAUUACAACAAUAUCAACGUGAAGAAUUAUUCAGAUCAAAAGCAGAUCAUCUUCAAGUAUAA